ACACUCGGCAGUUGUGGGCUAAGGGCGGCCGCAGCGGUCGCGUCGCGACUACGUCGUAUGGAAUGAGAAUACGAUCGAGGAAAUAACAGUAACGUUACAAUUAGUGAUUUCUGGACACUAAAUUGAUAUUUAGAGGUUUUUGAGAUAAACUUUCAGUGUUAAAUAUUAAACGACAAUCUUUAAAACUACGAGUAUGUGCUAAUAUGAUAACUGUGUUGUAACUUUUCAGUGUUUAGUGACAGAAUAAUUAUGAAACUGUCAGCGAAAUGUGAAUUUAGAAAUAGAUAUUAGUUGUUGGAUGUUCAACAGAAUUCAAGCAAAAUGAAGUAUUUGCUUCUGCUAAUGUUUUUGGCCACAUCAUCAUCAUCAUCAUCAUCAGCGUACGAGAUCUCGGAGCUGCGGGUGCCGCUGCUGGCGGACCCGCGGCGCGCGGCCGAGCUCAGCUGCCACUUCAACAUGGACCAGCACCGCCUGCACUCCGUCAAGUGGUACCGCGACAUGGACGAGAUCUUCCGCUACAACCCACAGCAGACGCCGUCGAUCCGUCUGUUCAACGUGAGCGGAGUCAUGGUGCUGGGCGGGUCCUGCCAGGCGGCGCGUUGCGAGGUGGCGGUGCGGCCGGCGCCGGUGGCGGCGCGCGCGCUCUACACCUGCGAGACCUCCACUGAGGGACCCAAGUUCCUCAUCGCCAGGGAGACCAAGGCCAUGACUGUCGCUGCCAUGCCGACGUUGGACCCGGUGAUCUCGGGCGCCCCGGGCGCGGCGCGCGCCGGCGAGCAGCUGCUGCUGAACUGCAGCGCCGACUACUCGCUGCCGCCCGCCGACAUCCGCUGGUACAUCGACGACCAGCUGCAGAAGUCCGACGGUUGGGAGCGGUCCGGCCUGAGCGCCCCUAGCGAGGGCGGUCUCCGGGCGUCGUGGCGCGCCCUCCGUCUGUCGGCGGCGGCGGCGCGCGGCGCGCUGCGCGUGCGCUGCGAGGCCGAGCUGCCGCUGCAGCCGCCCGUGCGAAGAGACGCCACCGCCACCAUACUGGUGCAUACCGGGACCUACCCGGAUAAGUACGUGGCUGGUCGAGGAGUAACAUCUAUUGUGAACAAGGCGAUGUUCGUGAUCGUCAUAUUUUGGACAUUUCUGAAAACGUCCAUAUUUACGAGCUUAUGAGGUUAGUCGAGCUGAGUCGGCGGUGAUAUUAGUGCUAAAUUGUAGAUAAUAAUAUUAUUAUUAUGUGCAACUGUAAAAAAUAAUGUCGAGAACUAAAAUAUUUAAAAUAAGAAUAUUGCUUUAUUUUAAAUGUACCUAGUAGUAAGUAAUAUAAUUAAUCAUCAACUCAAAGAUAAUCAUGCUCUAUUGUUUAUGAGUGAUCUUAUCGCAUUAGAUAGAUUGCUUGUUUAUGUUGUUAUAUUUUUUAAACUUUAGUACCUAAUGAUAAAAAGGUUACUGUUACGUUAGUUAGGCCUUUCACUUUAGAUAUCCACAAGAAAGUAUUAUUGCUGUCAACCCCAUAAAAUUAUGGAUACACUAAAAUCUAAAAACAUUUCUGAAGGCGUCAACGAAGUAGGUAAUUCAAGAUUUGUGACUGCUAUACCGAAGGUCCCGGGUUCGAUCCCCUAGUUCGAUAGCUGAGCUUGGGUUUGGAAGGCCGUGUGGUAGAUGUCCCCACAUAAUAUAUUAUAUUGAUAGUACCAAAUUUCAGAAUUUUGCCGAAUUACAAAAAUGUAUAGGUAUAUUUGAAGAGCCGACUGUACCACAAAUAUUUAUUUUAUACUUAAAUACAAUUUAAAGAUUCAAAUAUGAUUUGAAAAGGUCACCUUUGUUAAUUAAAUGAUCUAUGGCUGUGUUGUUCAACUUGAAUUCAAAGUUAUCUAUCUAUCUAUGGUGAAUUUACACUUACU